ACACCAAGGAGAGCGAUGUGGUCUGAAAAGCUUCAUCAUCCAAGCCCCGCUGACUGGCUGCUCUGCCACCCUGUGCUGACUUCAGGGCAGAACCGUGGCUCCUGGAAGCAGCUUUUCCUCACAUGGGAACACACACAGGGGAUGUUUAUUCCUGGGUCCUCCCAAGGUGUGCUUCUUGUCAAGCACAGUGCAGCUGUGUGUCUGUGUGAGUACCUGGGGUGGCUGUGCAGGCAGGUGUGAUGGAGCACAGCCAGCAUCAGUGUGUUCAGAAGCAACAUCAGGAACUUGCAUGGGGCGCUGACAGCCGGCUGCACUCAGACACCAGAGCACUGGGUCACACAGACACAGUGCUUCUCAGGGCUGGAGGUAGCUGGUGCUUUUUAUCCAUCCUUACCUACAAGAAGUUCUUCCCCACGGAGCGCUCACAAUGUGCGUGCAGCCUUGUGCUGCAAUAAACACGAAAUAAUUCUACACAGACUGCAUUUUGCUUGUAAGGGAGCUACAUUCAUCGCCAAGGUCCUCCUUAAGGCUGAGACCGAGAGGAAGGAAAGGAAGGGCUCUGUCUUUGGGUUCGGACCUCUCGUUAAUGGCGCUGGCCGUGUGCGGUAGCAGCGGCCGCGGUGACAACAUCGAUCCCACCAGGUGUUGUUUGUUGGUGCUCUUAUCGGCCCAGGCUGAGCUGUGAAAACAAAUCCAAAGCAUCUCCUCCUCCUCAAGGAAAAAAAAGAAGAAACAAAAACAAAAGCACAACCGCCGAGGAAAGGAAACAGCUGUGGCUGCGCGGGAGCGCUGUGGGUCGUGAUUGAGGAGCAGCGCAAAGGAGCCCAGCUGCGCACGGGGCAGCGCCUCGGGACACGCGUUACCCGAGGGCGGCGCUCCCCGCAGCAGGGUGGCUGUCUUUGGUGAGCAGAAGGUCUCAGGAUGAGUUACUGGAGCCUGGAUAAGAAAAACUGCCUGCAGUACUGCAGACACUUCUUGGCGGACAACGGCGUGUUUCAUGUUGAAAGAUGCAUGAGUGUUAUGCAGUCUGGGACUCAGAUGGUUAAGCUGAAGAGUGGAACCAAAGGGCUCGUUCGUCUCUUCUACCUGGAUGAGCACAGGACCUGCAUCCGAUGGAGACCAUCCAGAAAAAGUGAAAAGGCAAAAAUUAUCAUCGAUUCUAUUUACAAAGUGACCGAAGGCCGUCAGUCUGAAAUCUUCCACCGCCAUGCAGAGGGGAACUUUGACCCGAGCUGCUGCUUUACCAUUUACCAUGGCAACCACCUGGAGUCACUGGAUCUGAUUACCUCUAACCCGGAGGAAGCUCGCACCUGGAUCACAGGGCUGAAAUAUUUGAUGGCUGGGAUAAGUGAUGAAGACUCGCUCGCUAAGCGGCAGAGAACCCACGAUCACUGGGUGAAGCAAACCUUUGAGGAAGCUGACAAGAACGGAGAUGGCCUGCUGAACAUUGAAGAGAUCCACCAGCUGAUGCACAAGCUAAACGUGAACCUGCCCCGCAGGAAGGUGCGGCAGAUGUUUCAGGAAGCUGACACAGAUGAAAACCAAGGGACUCUAAAUUUUGAAGAAUUUUCAGUGUUUUACAAGAUGAUGUCCUUGCGUCGAGACCUCUACUUACUGCUCCUAAGCUACAGUGACAAGAAAGAUCACCUCACCGUUGAAGAACUUGCUCAGUUUCUGAAGGUGGAACAGAAGAUGAGUAAUGUGACACCAGAAUAUUGUCUUGACAUCAUACAGAAGUUUGAAGUAUCAGAAGAAAACAAGGAGCAGAAUGUUCUUGGGAUUGAAGGUUUCACCAACUUCAUGCGCAGUCCUGCUUGUGAUGUUUUCAAUCCAUUGCAUUGUGAAGUGCAUCAAGAUAUGGAUCAGCCCCUUUGUAACUACUUCAUCGCUUCGUCCCACAACACGUACCUGACAGGAGACCAGCUGCUGUCCCAGUCCAGGGUGGAGAUGUAUGCACGAGUGCUGCAGGAUGGUUGUCGAUGUAUUGAAGUGGAUUGCUGGGAUGGUCCAGAUGGAGAGCCAGUAGUGCAUCAUGGAUACACACUUACCUCUAAAAUAUUCUUCCGUGACGUGGCAGAAACCAUCAAUAAAUAUGCCUUCAUCAAAAAUGAGUUCCCGGUGAUACUGUCUAUUGAAAACCAUUGCAGCAUUCAGCAGCAAAAGAAGAUUGCUCAGUACUUGAAGGAGAUACUUGGUGACAAACUGGACUUGUCAUCUGUAGUCACCGGAGAUUCCAGGCAGCUUCCUAGCCCUCAAAACUUGAAAGGGAAAAUCCUAGUGAAGGGAAAAAAGUUGCCUUGCAGUCUUGGAGCAGAUGCUGAGGAAGGAGAAGUUUCUGAUGAGGAUAGUGCUGAUGAAAUUGAAGAUGACUGCAAGUUAAAAUCCUGCUAUAGUAACGGUGCAACUGAGCAUCAGGUGGAAUCUUUUAUAAGAACAAAGCUUGAAUCUCUGCUAAAAGAGUCCCAGAUCAGGGACAAAGAAGAUCCUGACAGCUUCACAGUGAGAGCACUGCUAAGGGCAACUCAUGAAGGUUUAAGUGUUAACCUGAAGCAGAACCUGGACACGAAAGAAAGUGGGAAAAAGUCUCAUAGUCGAUCGUUAAUGGGCAACUUUGGUAAACACAAAAAAGCAGGGAAGGCAACGACCAAAUGUAGCACAUCAGAUGAUGAUGAAAGUCAGCAAAACUCUUCGGGAAAGGAAGCAGGGCAGCUGCACAGUAGAUUGACUCGUCGAAGGAAAACUGUGAAGCUGUGCCGAGCUCUGUCUGACCUCGUGGUGUACACAAACUCUGUGGCAGCCCAGGAUAUAGUAGAUGAUGGAUCAACAGGGAAUGUGCUGUCAUUCAGUGAAACCAGAGCCCACCAAGCAGUGCAGCAGAAGGCUGAACAGUUCAUGCUUUACAACCAGAAACAACUUACGAGGAUCUACCCAUCGGCGUACCGGAUUGACUCCAGCAACUUCAAUCCUUUGCCUUACUGGAAUGUUGGUUGCCAGUUAGUGGCACUAAACUACCAGUCUGAGGGACGUAUGAUGCAGUUAAAUGAAGCGAAGUUUAAGGUUAAUGGCAACUGUGGUUAUGUCCUCAAACCUCAGCAGAUGUGCAAAGGCUCGUUCAACCCCUAUUCUUCAGAUCCACUUCCUGCCAGUCCUAAGAAGCAGCUCAUCCUGAAAAUCAUCAGUGGACAGCAGCUGCCUAAGCCUCCUGACUCAAUGCUAGGAGACAGAGGAGAGAUAAUAGAUCCCUUUGUCGAGGUGGAAAUCAUUGGGUUACCCGUUGACUGCUGUAAAGAUCAGACCAGGGUGGUUGAUGACAAUGGGUUUAAUCCUGUUUGGGAGGAAACGCUCACUUUUACCAUCCACAUGCCUGAAAUAGCUUUGGUUCGAUUUCUUGUUUGGGAUCAUGACCCUAUUGGGCGAGACUUCGUUGGACAGAGAACGCUGGCCUUUAGCAGUCUUGUACCUGGUUAUCGACAUGUGUAUUUAGAAGGACUGACAGAAGCCUCCAUAUUUGUUCACAUAACCAUUAAUGAAAUCUAUGGAAAGAACAAGCAACUGAUUGGACUCCGAGGGCUGUUCAACAAGAACCCAAAGCACAGUUCUGCUGAGAGCAGCGCUCACUACGUGCGGAAGCGCUCUAUUGGUGACCGAAUUCUCCGGCGUACGGCCAGCGCACCAGCAAAAGGCAGAAAGAAAAGUAAAAUGGGUUUUCUGGAAGCUUCUGAAAUUAAAGACAGUGCAUCGGAACCAGCAGACCUGAAGGACAAAGAAGGGGUUGUAAGGCGUACAAGCCGGAGUUUGCAAGCACGUCCUGCUUCUAUGCCAGUGGACAAAUUCCUUCUUGUAGGGCUGCCGUGCACGGAAGAUGAAACUGCUCAAGAUGCCAAAGGAAAAGAAAAUGCAACUGCCAACAGUGACGGUGAUAAAACAGAGAAGGAAACAAACUUGAAAGAAUCUGUUUUCACGUGUUCUGAGAAAACUGCAGAUAUUUCAAAUUUGGCAUCUCCCUUGAAAAAAGAGAGUGCCCAGAAGGAAACGACAGCUGAUUUUUCCCUUGUACCACCUUCCCAGGAACAACCUGAACAUUUAGUUGCUGUACGUGGUGUAACCGAAACAAAUCACCUCAACCUUCCUGUUGACACUGUGCCUCUAAUUCAGAGCUCUGGCUUUGAGCACGACACAGAAAAAAUACAGGGCAAGAACUGUGCAGGCACUGCAAGGGAAGAUGACACAAACAGGUGUAAGGAGGAGAAAAUAACUUCUGUCAGGACUUGCCUUCCUGAAAAGGUGGAGGAGGUUGAAAAUCUCAAAUACGACAUCAUCCAGAAGAGCAGUGUGGCAUGCCUUGCCCUGACUGAGAUUUCUUCUGCCGUCUGCUCUGAGGCUCCUGAUUUACGUUCCCCUUUAACCAUGCAGGACAGCGACAUCUCCCGCCUUAUAGAUGAAGUUUCUUUGGUGACUGAGAGCGAGUUGGACAGUGCUGUCUCAGCUCUGAUCGGCCAGCUGGAUGUCACCGAUGACCAAACCAGCCUCACCACACCGAUGCUCCCCGGCGCUGGCAGCCAGACCUUCGGUGCUGUGGCCACGCACGCAGUUCCUGCAGAGCUCAGCACUCCCUGUAAGAAUGACUUCAUUACCACAAAAUCCACCAAGUCCCCGUUAUUUUCAACUCCAGACACUGCCGUGUUCUCCAGCCCUGAAACUGCGGACUAUUCUGUGUACACAAUUAUCCACGAGGCAACUCUUACGCCAGGUUCUGAAUUUAAGACCCACAGUGGGUUAGUUUGCAAGAAAAAAUCAAAGAGCGUAGAAAAUAACUUGCCUAGCUCUUUUUGUUCUUCGCCUUUCUCUUUGCUGAAUGCAAAUCCCCAAAGAAAAUGUGAAACAAGCUGGGGAACCCCCAGGUCUGUGGGUUCCCUUGCUUCCAGCAACCUCAUCUUUGAGGAGAUGCUUGUGGACCCUCCAAUGGGUGAGAAUUCGGAAAGCAGCAGUCUUGUAGAGUUGGGUGGGGAUUCUCAAGAUCUCUUGGUAACUGCAUGCGCGUACAAAAGGGAAGAUGUCAGCCAGUUGGCUUCCCCUUUAAAACUGAGGCAGCAGCAGGAUGGCAGGUGCUGUGGUGAGAGGACCUUUGGGAACUGUGCGAGUGCUGGGCUCUGUGCUGCUGCCCUGGGCUGCUCGGAUAACUUUAGGACUGUGGGAAGCAAGCUCCCUUUUCCGGCCUGUGAAAAUGUUGGUUUUCUACAUCAUCAUCGUGCCGAUAAGCAGAAAGAUUUGAUGUGUGCCUCCAGGAGGUCCCAACUGGAUGUACGCUCACCAGUGCUCAGAAGCGCGUUGGCUUUCCCACCCUCUCCAGCCAUCAAACAGACCAGCCCUUGCAAAUCCAAGAGUCUUGGUGACUUGACAUCAGAAGAUAUUUCCUGCAACUUUGAAAGCAAGUAUCAGUACAUAAGUAGGAGCUUUAUCACAUCCGGCAUGAGAGACAAGAAGCUCGCUGCAAUGAAGACGAUGAGACCGCACUCUACAGAUGCUUUGACGGAGCAGCUGAGAAAGCUGCUGUCUCUGGAUCAGGACGACAGCCACCAGGUGCUGUACUCCAGGCAGCUCGAUGAGGACUGCCCAAAGGCACUGGUCAGAAAGCUGUCGUCCAGGAGCCAGAGCAGAGUGCGGAACAUCGCCAGUCGUGCCAAGGAAAGGCAGGAGGCCAGCAAGCAAAAAUCUUCCAACGCGGGCAGCAUAGCGGGGGUCGUCCUUCGGAACAAGCCUUCGGGGUCCCCUCACGUCGUCAACAGGCACUCGACCGGCUCCUACAUAGCCAGGUACCUGGGCAGCUUCCCUGAGGAGGCAGCGGAGGGCCGGGGCCGACCUGAGGGCACCUGUGCUGCCUGGCACCACGGCUGCGCGGAGCCGCUGUGCGCGCACAGCCCCCUGCUGCAGCUGGAGCCCGACGGCGCCGAGAAGCCCGAAGUCUAUUUCCUGCUCAGGCUGUAGGUUGGAUAAAUGUAAGUCUUCAACAUUUACAAACCGUUUCAUUGAAAUGAAGGAUUUUUAGAAAGAAAUGCUGUUUUGAGGCUUUAAAUUAUUUAGAAAUGCAAUUUCGUGCUGGCGGCCCAGUCACAAUUUAAUGUUCCUUUUCCUGUUGAAACUUACAUAAAUAAAUCCAUAUUCCAUCCUUGUGUA